AUGCUAAAAGUUUUGUACUUUAGAUGUAAUUCAAAUUUUCAGCAAGCUGCACUGUUUGUAGCAAUAUCGGCGUUGGCAUUAAGUGUCCUAAAUGGAUCGCUGAUGUAUUAUGGCAUCUAUUCGGUUAACUUCACUUUUGAUCUGAUACUGCUCUUCAUUAACACCGCAGCAGCAGCAGCUGUUUUCUAUGCGCUAUACUAUGAGAAAGCUUCUUAUAUAUUACCGUUUUUGAUUACUCAAAUUGCACAAUGCGCAUUAUUUUUUUCGUUAGCCCUCUGUACAGUAUAUUUCCUGCUCACUUACAAACGCCAGAAUCCUAGUCAACGUUUCGAUCAAAUAAUUAUGAUUAUCAGUAUUGCAAUUGGUAUUGGUAUAUCAUCUUGGGCAAUUUGGGUUGCUGCUAAAUGCUAUCAUUUUUUGCGGAAUCAAAGUGAAACUGCAACAGAUUCGUCCAGUAUCCAUCGUUCGCUAUGGAGGUGA